GAUGCACAUUUGAUCUUAACCCAUCGAAUACUGCUGCGAAUGGAUGCCUUAGCUCGUCCUUCAACAGCAUACGCCCUGUAAGCUCUGAUCCUCUGUUUUCUUUUGGCCUCGGAAUCUUUAGGAGGGAUGUAGAACGACGACGAAGAAGAUGAUGAUGAGGGGAUUCGCCGAUUCAUAACGUUGCUGGAUCGCGGUGGCGCUGCCUGCUUCUCCUCCACCCCUCUCAUUCUCUGCCUGCCAACUAGCUUGAUCGACGACAGACAGAGAUGAAAAUGGGUAACAAGGUUCGGGGAGUGGAAUGGAAAUGCUAUAGGGACGUGGGGGGAUUGCUUGUAUGUAUGUAUGCGUUGAGGACAACCUUAAACUUCUCUAUUCUCAAAUUCAAUUAUUGCUAAAGUAAGCAAAGAUGGUAAUUGUUAAUGAUAGUUUGGAGAUCUUUUAGAAAGUAAAAAUUAUAGAUGGGUGAUGCCCUAGAAUGAAUUCGACGUGUUUACUUUUUCAUGUUAUCGGCGAGAAAUCAAACAAACAAAAGGUUGGGUCACCCGAUUGGCUCUUGGCCCAGAGGUAGCAACCAUUUUUCCUCAACGUGCGGGUGGUUAAAUAGCCAUAAAUUUCGGACUGCUCGCCUCACCAAUUCAAAAACCCUUCCUUUGCUUCGACCUUCGUUCUCUACGCACUCUCUUUCUCUCUCUCUCUCUCUGGUUUAAGGAACGAUGUCAUUGAGGCCGGGCUCUAGGGCGGAGGUGCGGCGGAGCCGAUACAAGGUGGCGUUGGACGCCGAUGAUGGUCGAAGAAGGCGGGAGGACAAUAUGGUGGAGAUUCGAAAGAGUAAGCGCGAGGAGAGUCUGCUGAAAAAGCGAAGAGAAGGCCUCCCGCAGCCAUUCCCAGCGUCUCUUCACUCAUCGGGGAUCGAGAAAAAGUUGGAGACCCUUCCUUCCAUGGUUGCUGGGGUGUGGUCACAUGAUAGCAACUUGCAGCAUGAAGCAACCUCGCAGUUCCGGAAACUACUGUCAAUUGAAAGAAGUCCUCCUAUAGAUGAAGUAAUACGAACAGGGGUUGUUCCUCGAUUUGUUGAGUUCCUGACGUGGGAGAAUAUGCCCCAGCAUCAGUUUGAGGCCGCUUGGGCUCUUACCAACAUUGCCUCUGGCACUUCUGAGCAUACCAGGGUGGUUAUUGAUAAUGGAGCGGUCCCCAUUUUUGUAAAGCUUCUGACUUCACCCAGUGAAGAUGUCCGGGAGCAGGCCGUGUGGGCGCUGGGUAAUAUCGCUGGUGAUUCUCCUAAAUGCCGUGACUUUGUUCUAGGCCAUGGGGCCAUGGUUCCUUUGCUUGUUCAGUUGAAUGUGAGUUCCAAGCUUUCAAUGCUGAGAAAUGCAACAUGGACACUUUCAAACUUCUGCCGAGGCAAGCCGCAGCCUCCCUUUGAACAGGUGAGGCCAGCACUUCCAGCCCUUCAACGUCUUGUAACCUCAAACGAUGAUGAGGUGCUUGCAGAUGCAUGCUGGGCUCUCUCGUAUCUCUCAGAUGGUACAAAUGACAAAAUUCAGGCUGUGAUUGAGGCUGGUGUCUGUCAAAGACUUGUGGAGCUUCUUCUUCAUCCCGCUCCUUCAGUGCUUAUACCUGCACUUCGUACAGUUGGCAAUAUAGUGACCGGUGAUGAUGUCCAAACUCAGUAUAUUAUUGAUCAUGGUGCACUUCCGUGCUUGUUGAACCUAUUGAUUCACCAUCAUAAAAAGAGCAUCAAGAAAGAAGCCUGCUGGACUAUUUCAAACAUUACUGCUGGAAACAAAGAACAAAUACAGGUUGUAAUCGAUGCAGGCCUGAUACAACCCUUGGUUACUCUCCUCCAAACCGCAGAAUUUGAUAUAAAAAAGGAGGCUGCUUGGGCUAUUUCGAAUGCCACAUCUGGAGGAACCAAUGAACAAAUCAAGUACAUGGUCGAGCGGGACUGCAUCAAGCCACUGUGUGACCUUUUGAUCUGCCCUGAUCCGAGAAUUGUCAUCGUAUGUUUAGAGGCCCUAGAAAACAUACUGAAAGUUGGGGAUGUGGAGAGAGGCAACACUGGAGAAGUAAACUACUUUGCCCAAUUAGUAGAUGAAGCUGAAGGAUUAGAAAAGAUUGAGGAGUUGCAGAGUCAUGACAACAACGACGUCUAUGAGAAGGCUGUGAAGAUACUGGAAGCGUAUUGGGUACAGGAAGGGGAGGAGGAGGAGGAGGUUUUACAAGGUGCGGGUGGUUGCAACCGACCAAGAUUCAACUUUGGAGAUGGCAAUGUUCAAGUUCCACCCGGCGGAUUCAGUUUUAGCUGAAGUUGGUGGGUGAAUAAAGUGAUGUCUGAUCGGAUCAAGUGAUGAAAGUCGGGUACAGCUCCUCUCCUCUCCGCGAGUUUGGUGAGUUGGGUUGGGUCCAGUCCAGAGUCUAUUGUGGUUUGAAUGAGGUGCUCUGUGCUGUGGUGGUCGGUCAGGUCAGGUCAAUAAACAGAGCAAGGAGUGCUGGUGUCGAUAAAAAUGUCUCCUUGGUUCGUCGGCUAGGUCUUAUUUCAGUUCCGGUUGAGUCUGGUUUUUUGGGUUGGAAGAUUUAUCUUCGACAAUCGAUAGAUAUUGAUGAUGAAUUCUUUACUCUAUGGUCGUCUGUCUGUCUCUCUCUGUCUCUGCCUGCCUUCAUUACUGCUAUGGAUCAUUGCAACCUGGUGUUCUUGUCUGGUGGAGUCAUGGAUCUUAUUUUUCCUAUUGCAGUUGCAGCGUUUGAGCAUGCUUUUCUAAUCUUUGUGAGGUUGUGGACAAUUAUUAUUAUUAUAUCUUCAAUCAUAUAGUAUGAUUUCGAUCUUA